AUGCUGUUCUGUAGGUACUCUGGUUGUGGGCUGGUGGUUCCUGAGAAGCUACAAGGCUGUAAGGUGCUGUAUCUGGACAGUGGCUUGGGCAGAUACUGCUUCAUCCUCAGUAAACUAGUGAGCUCCUUUCAGCUAAUAGUCUGUUAAGGGAAAGGUCUUAUCUAUUUACCAUUUAUUCACUGAUUGACUCACAGAUUAAUUCAUCACUGAUUGGUGACCUGAUCGGUUCCCAGAUACCCUGACUGACUAAUGCCUCUGCCUCCUUCCUGCCUGCCUGUCUGUAUGUACAGUGAGGGAAAAAAGUAUUUGAUCCCCUGCUGAUUUUGUACGUUUGCCCACUGACAAAGAAAUGAUCAGUCUAUAAUUUUAAUGGUAGGUUUAUUUGAACAGUGAGAGACAGAAUAACAACAAAAAAAUCCAGAAAAAACAUUAUAAAUUGAUUUGCAUUUUAAUUAGGGAAAUAAGUAUUUGACCCUCUGCAAAACAUGACUUAGUACUUGGUGGCAAAAUCCUUGUUGGCAAUCACAGAGGUCAGACGUUUCUUGUAGUUGGCCACCAGGUUUGCACACAUCUCAGGAGGGAUUUUGUCCCACUCCUCUUUGCAGAUCUUCUCCAAGUCAUUAAGGUUUCGAGGCUGACGUUUGGCAACUCAAACCUUCAACUCCCUCCACAGAUUUUCUAUGGGAUUAAGGUCUGGCUAGGCCACUCCAGGACCUUAAUGUGCUUCUUCUUGAGCCACUCCUUUGUUGCCUUGGCCGUGUGUUUGGGGUCAUUGUCAUGCUGGAAUACCCAUCCAUGACCCAUUUUCAAUGCCCUGGCUGAGGGAAGGAGGUUCUCACCCAAGAUUUGACGGUACAUGGCCCCGUCCAUCGUCCUUUUGAUGCGGUGAAGUUGUCCUGUCCCCUUAGCAGAAAAACACCCCCAAAGCAUAAUGUUUCCACCUCCAUGUUUGACGGUGGGGAUGGUGUUCUUGGGGUCAUAGGCAGCAUUCCUCCUCCUCCAAACACGGCGAGUUGAGUUGAUGCCAAAGAGCUCCAUUUUGGUCUCAUCUGACCACAACACUUUCACCCAGUUAUCCUCUGAAUCAUUCAGAUGUUCAUUGGCAAACUUCAGACGGGUAUGUAUAUGUGCUUUCUUGAGCAGGGGGACCUUGCGGGCGCUGCAGGAUUUCAGUCCUUCACGGAGUAGUGUGUUACCAAUUGUUUUCUUGGUGACUAUGAUCCCAGCUGCCUUGAGAUCAUUGACAAGAUCCUCCCGUGUAGUUCUGGGCUGAUUCCUCACCGUUCUCAUGAUCAUUGUAACUCCACGAGGUGAGAUCUUGCAUGGCCAAGGGAAAUUGCCCCAGGCCAAGGGAAAUUGACAGUUCUUUUGUGUUUCUUCCAUUUGCGAAUAAUCGCACCAACUGUUGUCACCUUCUCACCAAGCUGCUUGGCGAUGGUCUUGUAGCCCAUUCCAGCCUUUUGUAUGUCUACAAUCUUGUCCCUGACAUCCUUGGAGAGCUCUUUGGUCUUGGCCAUGGUGGAGAGUUUGGAAUCUGAUUGAUUGAUUGCUUCUGUGGACAGGUGUCUUUUAUACAGGUAACAAGCUGAGAUUAGGAGCACUCCCUUUAAGAGUGUGCUCCUAAUCUCAGCUCGUUACCUGUAUAAAAGACACCUGGGAGCCAGAAAUCUUUCUGAUUGAGAGGGGGUCAAAUACUUAUUUCCCUCAUUAAAAUGCAAAUCAAUUUAUAACAUUUUUGACAUGCGUUCUUCUGGAUUUUUUUGUUGUUAUUCUGUCUCUCACUGUUCAAAUAAACCUACCAUUAAAAUUAUAGACUGAUCAUUUCUUUGUCAGUGGGCAAACGUACAAAAUCAGCAGGGGAUCAAAUACUUUUUUCCCUCACUGUAUAUCUGUAGGUCAAACUGUCCCAUGUGUCUGUGUCUUGACAAGAAGGCUGUUCUCAGGGAGGCCUUCAGAGUGCUGUAAGUAACCUUCAUAUCCUCUGGUUGUCAGCCAAUAUCUCAGAAGGAUCCUACAUGCCGCACAUAAAAAUAUAAAAUAUUGAUUAAGUGGUGGUGCUGAAAAUUGGACACAAGACUACGUGUUUUAUAAUGCUACUUGAUUUACAAAGUGCCAUCAUUUUCAUGAACCAUUUGCUUUUCCGCAUUUAUCUUUGGUGGCAUGUGAAAAUAUCGUUACGCAACCCGCAGUGUGAAAUCAGAUACUCUAUUGCCAUCUGCUGGACAACCUUUUUUAACUUUUGCUUAUGGGUGUAUGGUUCGAUUUGCCUUCACUUACAACACUGUAAAACAUUUAUUUUUGUAAAGAUUAGGACCUAAAUAAAUGACCCAAAUAAAACUAUAUUUUUUCUAUGAUUUCCAAUUCAAUUUUAAAAGAGUUUUCCAUGCGGAUCACAUAAAUAAUAUAUUCCUUCAUAAUACUGUAUAUUUCCUGAUCAUGUGAUCUUCCUACAAUAAUAUAGUUUUUUGUCUCUUGAGCAUUCUUGUCAGAACUGAUCAUUAAUGUCAAAUCCUAUGUAUUUACAGGAGGGUGGGGAACUUUACUUCAGUGACAUACACUGAGUGGACAAAACAUUAAGAGCACCUUCCUAAUAUAUUGAGUUGGAUUUAACAAGUGACAUCAAUAAGGGAUCAUAGCUUUCACAUGGAUUCACCUGGUCAGUCUAUGUCACAGAAAGAGGUGUUCAUACUGUUUUGCACGCAGUGUAUAUUCCAGCAAGUCUGUUCCGGUACACUUGAAACAUGACCCAGUUCUCUGGGGUAAGAACGCUUGAUUUAUGAGUAACAAUUGACAGAGCUGAAAGUUGAAUGUAUGCUAUCUGACAGGAAUAACUAGGACAUAAGUGGGACUAUAGCACAUGUUAAAGAGCCUUUAUUCCAUCAAUGACAAACUCUAUGAUGCUGAGCCAAUGCGAGACCCAAUAACACACUGUCCUAGAUACAUUAAAUGAUCAACAACAUAGCAGUGUUGGAGUUGGAGUUGGUUGGGAAUUGUUUGUCUAAUGUCAUGUUUUCUGUGUGUUGUAAAAGGAGAAGGUUUAAGUGGUGCCCUCUACUGGCGAGACCUGGUCUCUCUAGUGCACAAGGUGGGAUUCACUACUCCAUACCUGGUCACUGCGAGCCACAUCACAGUCCACAAUAGUGAGCUACAGAAGAAAGCAAGUAAGAUGACAAAUUAAUGUCUGCCUCUCAAUGAUCUCAUAAAUAGGAUAAUGAGAUGAAACUAUACUUCAAUGUCUAGCAAGGUGCCACAAUUCUGUUCUGUGUUAUCAUCUCUCUUGGACAUUAUUCUGAAAUAUAUUUGGGUGAGAACAAAGGAAUGUAAUGUUUAAUUUCUACCACUUCAUUAGCAACUAUCAGAUCAAAACCUCUGUUUCUUCGUUUUUUUGUUCUGCACAGGUGGCAUCACAUAUGCCUCUGCAACUUGCCGCCACUUCAAGUUGCCCAAAAAUAGAAAUCUGAGCAAUGCAGUGGUGGCUUACAAACUAACAGUACCUGAUCAUCCCAAUCAACUCAAGUUUGACAUUGUUUUGAGGUGUGUGUCCAAGAAAUUUGUCACCAAACUUAUUCCCCUGAAAUCUGAGGCGUAUUAA